GCGGCGGCGAACUCGGCGGCGGGCCGUCGUUUGGCAGGCGCCGAGUGCGAGCGGCAGCCGCGCUGCCCCGCCGCCCCGGACCGGUCGCCUGCUCGCGGGGCGGCACCAUGCAGACCUUCCUGAAGGGGAAGCGGGUGGGAUACUGGCUGAGCGAGAAGAAGAUCAGGAAGCUGAAUUUCCAGGCCUUCGCCGAGCUGUGCCGGAAAAGAGGCGUAGAAGUAGUGCAGCUUGACCUCACCAAACCCAUUGAAGAUCAGGGCCCUUUGGAUGUGAUCAUACAUAAACUGACAGAUGUAAUCCUUGAAGCAGACCAGAAUGACAGCCAGUCACUGGAGUUGGUUCAGAGGUUCCAGGAGUACAUUGAUGCUCAUCCAGAGACCAUUAUCCUGGACCCUCUCCCGGCUAUCCGUACACUCCUGGAUCGAUCCAAGUCGUACGAGCUCAUCCGGCGAAUAGAGGCAUACAUGCAAGAUGAGAGGAUCUGUUCACCACCGUUUAUGGAGCUGACAAGUGCCUGUGGAGAAGAUACCUUGAAGCUUAUAGAGAAGAAUGGACUGGCAUUCCCAUUCAUUUGUAAAACCAGAGUGGCCCAUGGAACCAACUCUCAUGAGAUGGCGAUCAUCUUCAACCAGGAGGGCCUCAAAGCUGUUCGCCCCCCCUGUGUCAUUCAGAGCUUCAUCAACCACAAUGCUGUGCUCUAUAAAGUGUUUGUGGUCGGGGAGUCUUACACCGUGGUGAAAAGACCAUCUUUAAAGAACUUCUCUGCAGGCAUCUCAGACAGAGAAUCAAUAUUUUUCAACAGCCACAAUGUUUCCAAACCAGAGUCCUCAUCUGUCUUAACAGCGCUGGAUAAAAUCGAAGGAGUAUUUGAGCGGCCAAAUGACGACGUCAUCCGGGAAAUCUCCAAAGCGCUGCGGCAAGCUCUGGGAGUUUCCCUCUUUGGAAUUGAUAUCAUCAUUAACAACCAGACUGGGCAGCAUGCAGUCAUUGAUAUAAAUGCAUUCCCAGGCUAUGAGGGUGUUUCUGAAUUUUUCACAGAUCUGCUGAACCACAUAGCUGCUGUCCUGCAGGGUCAGGUGCCUGAGGUGACCCAGCUAAACCACAGCAAGCUCCUGGCAGAGCAGAGCGGUGGGAUCAUGGACGAGCGGAUAUGCUGUGCUAGCACAGGCUGUCUCAGCGUCAUGGGAAAAGACUCCUGGAUUGUGGAGAGCGACAGCAACAGCUCAGUAAAACUGCAACACCAGAGACUAGGCUGCAACUCAGCAGUGUCCCCCAGCUUCCAGCAGCACUGCGUCGCUACAUUGGCAACAAAAGCUUCUUCUCAAUAACUUGCCAAUGCCAUGGACUGAGAAAAAGCCCCAGGGAUACAGAUUGUGGCCCCAGAACCAGAUCAGGCUUUAACAAUACAAUUGACAAAAAAAUAGGGGGGAAAACCCAACAUAAAACACAACACAAAAAAGCAAAAUAAAAAAACUUUCAAUUUGAUUUAACCUAAUUUGCUGAUGAAACGGACUGAAAGGGGAAGAGUGAGAAAGUGAUCCAAAUCCAUUUCGUCAAAUUCCAGUUGCAAAUCUGUAGUGAGUUUACACACACACGUGUUUUAACACUAGUCCUUUCAUUGUGGGAGGGUUGCUCUUUCAUUUCUAUUAUUCUUUGUAAUCACUGGUGACCAGCAUUUUAAAAUCGGACCUCAUGCUAUCAAGAAGAUAAUAAUGUUGAAAUGCAGUGUCUGAAUGUAACAGUGCUAGAGAUUUUUGCCUAAAACUUCCUGUUCCUCUUUUUUCCACGUACGCCAUUGCAUAAGGAAGCUAAAACAACUUCAGUAUCACUAAACCAAAUCUCUUGAAAUGUUGACCAGUCAUGAUGUUGGCAGGUAGCUUGCUGUGAAGCCACUGCACUUUGAGUAGGACAGAGCAGCCUGCGUAUUCAGGGCACAGAACCGAGGUGACCACCCUUGUCCCAGCUUUGCAGUUCUCCCCCCAGGCCUCAGUGCUUCACUCAGAUCAGCUUCCAACCACGCUUGCAAACAGCAACAUCUUUUACCCAGAGAGGGUGCCACUAUUUAGGUGGAGUCAUUUAGUAGAUUAAAUAACAUGCUUUCAAUUGUCUGCUAGUGCUGAAAUCUUAGAAGAGUUAAGGAAGCAGCUCAUCUCUUCACAGGGAGUUUAAUUCUCCUUCCAUUGCACUUGUGAGGACUCUGGGAAAAGGCU